AUCUUUUCUCUUUUAUUAUUAUUAUGAAAAAUAACGAUAUUACUAUUACUAAUACUAUUGAUAUGAACAAAAAGCAACGCAUCAGUAUAUCAGAACGAAGAGCCACAUAUCCAUUGCAAGAAAGAUUAAAGAUUUAUGGUCCUGAUACAAUGGCUAGAAGAUUCAGUGAUCAAGAAAAACAUUCAGGGAAAUUGAUGAUGAAUGGUGUCAAUAUUCUCAAUAAAACAAGUCUUGAUAGUGAUACGAUGAUGCAUCGCAUUAAACAACGAAGAGAAACGCAUAAUCGAGUAGAAAGAAGACGUCGAGAUAAAUUGAAUAAUUUGGUAAAUGAACUUGCACAAUCCAUUCCAUUAACUUCAACCAAUGAUAGAGAGAAAUAUCAUCGAGCUAAAAUUUUACGGCGUGCUAUUGAUUAUAUUCGAUUAAUACAACAAGAAAACAAGGCUAUGAAAAUUCAAUUAGGUCAAUCAUCCAUGGAUAUGUCCAUGUUACCUGAAGCAUCAAGCUCUCCAUCUUCUGAAUCAGAUAUCACAAGUUCUGAUAAUGAAAGUCAAAAUAAUGAUGAAUCCAAACGUACUUCUUCAAAGUUCAUUCCUCCAGCUUUUGAUACUUUUUGUUUUCAAAUUUAAUUUAUCCAUCAUCAUCACUAUUCCUAUUUUUGUAUCAUAUAUCGUCCUUCUUUUUAUUUUCCAU